AUGGGAAUCUGCAUAUCCUCUGCAUCUUUUGAGAUUCAACCUGUUGAUUUUGGGAAUGAAAAUGUUGUUCUCUAUGAAGACUACAACAUUAAUAGGUACAAACAAGUAAUUGGUUCUGUUUUUUCUGAACAAGGAAAUAAAGGAAUCAAUCAAGAUUCUGCUAUUCUCUAUCAGGGGUAUGGUGUAGAAAAUGGAGUUUUUGGUGGAGUUUUUGAUGGACAUGGAGAGAAUGGACAAAUAGUCAGCAAGUUUGUUAUGAAUAAGUUGCCAUCUUUGCUGCUGAAACUUACAUUUUCUCUGCCAAAAGUCUUUUCUGUGAAACAAAAUGUGAUGAGAAGGAAUUUUAACAAGUGGAAAAAGGCUUGUUGGGGUUCCUUUAUGGUGAUGGAUAGAGAUAUUAAGAGUCUUGAGAAUUUGGACUCUUCUUUCAGUGGAACAACUGCUGUCGUUGCUAUAAGACAGGAUGAUGAUCUAGUUAUCGCGAAUCUUGGAGAUUCUCGAGCUGUACUAGGAAGAAAGAAAGAGGAGGGAGUGAUUGAGGCUGUUCAGUUAACUACUGAUUUGAAGCCUAGUCUGACUUCUGAAGCAGAAAGAAUAAGGAGGUGUGGUGGCAGAGUUUUUGCACCGCAAGAGCCACAUAUCCAGAGAGUGUAUUUACCCAAGGAAGAUGUUCCUGGUUUGGCCAUGACAAGAUCUUUUGGGGAUUUCAUGCUAAAAUAUCUUGGCAUAAUCUCCGAACCUGAUGUCUCUUAUCACCACAUUACUCCGAAUGAUCAGUUUGUUGUUCUAGCAACUGAUGGGGUGUGGGAUGUGCUGAGCAACGAUCAAGUCGUCUCCAUAGUGUGUGCAACAAAUAAUGUAGCAGCAGCCGCAGAGGCAGUAGUACAGGCUUCUUUAGAUGCAUGGAAACAGAGGUUUCCAAACAGCAAGAGAGAUGACAGCACUGUCAUUUGCCUGUACUUGCAACAAGGUGCAUCUCUGCAGAAUGGUACUUGAAGCCAAAGCUUUUAGGUGCUGAUGUUG